AUGUGUUUUCAAGANGAGAAGGAGCGAAUCGAGAAUCUGCGCAAAGAGCAAGAACGUCUCGAGUUCGAGAGACAAGAUGCCGAACGCAAAGAACGUCAACGCAUGGUUGGUCUAGUCGUCGUGCACCACUUGUUUUCCUAA